AAAUGUUUUUUUAGAUAAAAUGUAUCGAUAAUGUUGUUAACUACCACUAUGAUUAAUUUUCGUGUGCAUAGCCUAAAAAUAAAUUUUAACACGAUCGACCGUUUGGUCGCCCCUGUUAUACAUCAUCCCGAAUUCGACAGCGACGGAGUGGGGUUUUACGAUCUCAAUGAUGUAACAUAUAGAACAUAAGUCACCAAAUGAACUUUUAUGGCCCGUGAAAAAUGUUCAGAUCCCUAAUGUGGCUCUUUUAAAAUAUUAAUCGGGGACCCCUGCUAUAGAAUAAAGAUUGUUGUUCGCUUCCCAUCUUCACCCCGCCAUAUAGCACGGAUAGCAGUUUCGUUUUUAUUCGGUCCCGACAGAGCGCUCGAUCGGCUCCUCACCUCGAACGUCCCCACCACCCACGGCUAUCGAAUUAUUACUGUUGCGGCGCUGUUGAAUGAUCGCUGCGCACAUUUGUCUCCCAUUGACUGUCAACUCUAGACGUCCAGUACGUUCACCAUACCUAAUAGUGCCGACGUCCGCCACCGAUCAUCAUGGAGAUAGAAACACAACAGAAUCCGAACGACGGGUUAUACGAGUGGCAGUACUUGUUGGACAACAGUGUCAUAGGACAAUCCGAACUCAUACAAGUGAUUGAAGGACGUAAAUUGUUUUUGCAAAAGAUCGAAAGCAACGAUGUCAACCGAGAAGAUUUUUUGGAGCAUAUAGAAAGCGAGACAAAAUUACUGGAAGCCUUGCAACACAAUAUCGAACUUCGUUCUCGAGUGGAAGAAAUGCAGUCUGAUGAUACCAGAAUAUUAAAUAUGCUGAUCAAUCGCAUUGACUUCUUGUAUUUCAGUAUGCUACAAAUGUCCCCCAUUCGUUUGUCUUCAAUGAAACGAUACUUAAAAUUUCGUUCAGAUAACAAAUCAUACAUCAAUGACACGACAUUUUUGCGUAAACUAAUGUCGAGUAAACACAAUGAUCCGGAAGUGUACAAAAUAACCGCUUUGUUUGAGUAUUAUAAUAUGAGUGAUAUAAAUGCCGCUAGACUGUGUUUUUCAGAAGGGUUGAAAUAUCACAAGCAUUGUAAAAAACUACAUGUUGACAAUUUCAGUUUAGAAGUCCAGUACAAUGAAGAUACUGAUGGUGAAUCAUUUCCUAUAGCUUUGAGCAAGUAUAAAAAUAUGAUCAAAUGUUUCAAAGGUGACUUGGAGUUUCACUUUACAUUGUUAGAUGCAUCAUUCAAAAGUAAUUCAGUUUCGGAAUUACAUUAUCAUGUCGUAAGGGAUAUGAUCGAGGAAUACAAAGGACAUGAAAAAAUGUGGCAAAAGUUGGCUAUAAUUAACUUAAAUGGUUUUAUCUUUGAUUCCGAAUCGGAACUCAUAUGCUUUGACCGUCAUCGUGGAAGUGGAAUUACAUAUACUUAUAAAGCAUUUGAUGAUGGUUUGAAAGUAAUUUGGUCACCCGUGAAACGUAAAUUACUAUGGAAUAUGUUCAUUGAGCAUGUAAUCAAUAUUUGGAAAGAAUUUGGUGUGAAAAAUACAAUCGCUAGUUUUGUGAAUGAAAAUAUGGAACGAGUGUUUCAAGGAGCGUUUAACGAAGGAUUUUUGUAUAAAGCAGAACAUUAUGCUUAUUGGGCUGAACAUAAAAACGAAGAAUGUGAUGAGAUUUUGUCCAAGGCAAUUCGGAUGAAUAAAGAUAAUUUGAAUGUUUGGAUUGAAAUAUUGACAGUUUAUAUUGAAAGUGAUUCUUUUGAAAUGGCAUAUAAAGUUUUUCAAGAUGCCAUCAAGUCACUGGAAUCAAAUUCAAUACCAUUAUGGGAAUUAAUGGAAAAAUUUAUAAUUGACUUCGACCAAAAUUCGCUUUUAGAUUUCUACCAACAAGCUUCAUACGUGCCAUGGACCCAAAUCAGUUUGAUAUACAGAGUGAAAUACUUGAAUUUUUUUGGAAUGAACAAUGGGAUAACUGCUAUUCGUAGACUGUUUAAAGAAUUGAAUAGUAUAAGUCCACCUUGUAAACAAUUAUACGUUGAAAUGAUUUCUUAUGAACGAUCCUUGAGUACUGUCAAUGUAACACAAGUCAGUAAAUUGUACAACGAAGUAUGCUAUAACUUGGGACAUGGUGAUAUUGAGUUGUGGGCUAAUUAUAUUCAAUUUGAGUACAUGAAUGUUGAACGAUAUACAGCAAAGAAUAUUUAUAAAUCAUCUAUGGAAUAUUUGGGACCAGAGUUAUUUGACGUCUUGACAACAGAGUUUGAAAAUAUUAAAAGUGAAUUUGAGAAAACCCUUACUAUAAAUCCAGAAGUUAUAAAAAUUGAUGAA